UUUUAGCGGCGGACGUUUUAUGCCGAUGGACUGUCGUCUGUUUACACGUGCAGAGCUGGUCUGUUGCACGUGACUUUUUAAAAAUUACUCAUGCCAUUGUCCGAGCUGUUUAAAUCACUAGUUAUCUUAUGUUUCGUAUCGUUUAACAUUGCGAGUUGUCAGGUGGUGGUGUUCUAUAACGUUAAAUCGUCUGUAUUAACAUACAGUAGUUUAAAAUGGGAAGACUAAGGAGGAAAUAUAACUGGAAGGGAAGGCAGCAAAGUGACGCCCAACAACCAGCAGAGGAAGAGAAGACAAACGUUGUUGUGGAAAUUCAAGAUGGGGCCAGGCUUAAAGGUGUAGACCUCAGCAACGCUUUGGUCCUCCCAGCCAACAAAGCUAAGAAGAAGAAGGCCUCAGUAACCCCUGUUUCCUCCAAAAAGCCCCUCACUAGAAAGAAGAAGAAAGAGCUGCAAAAGGUCCUGGAGCGCAAGGAGAAGAAGGCUCAGAGAGCAGACAUUCUGAUCAAACUAGCCGAGGUGCAGGUUUCAGAAUCUGAACUGAAGAUGCUGUACACCACGUCUAAACUGGGAACGGGAGAUAAACUUUACCAGACCAAACAGUUGCCAGAUGAAGUAAACAAUAGAGACUGUGGACCAAAGAUCAGCAGUCUCAGUGGGGCAAACAGAAAAAGAAAAUGGGAAGUAGAAGAAGAAGAGGAGGAGGAGGAGGAAGACAAAGAGGGGGAGGAAGACAAAGAGGAAGAAGAGGAGGAUGAAAGCAGCAAUCUUGACGAGGAGGAGCACGAAGAAGUGAACAAAACCACAGAGGGGACCACCCCUGCUCGUCAGGACGUAAAGGGAGAACAACCCGCACCGGAACAAAAUACACAGAUUGAAAAGACAUCCGAUAUUGAGAAUGUGGAUAACAAGACGUUGCCACAGCCGACUGUCUUCAUUCCUGUCGACCGAUCACCAAAAAUUCAGGAGGCUCGUCUGAAGCUCCCAGUGCUGGCGGACGAGCAGGUCAUCAUGGAGGCAGUGAGAGAAAACCCCUGCAUCGUAAUAUGUGGAGAGACGGGAAGUGGAAAGACCACUCAAGUUCCUCAGUUCCUGUAUGAAGCCGGCUACGCCAGCGAAAGCGGAAUAAUCGGUAUCACAGAGCCAAGAAGGGUGGCUGCUGUCAGCAUGUCCUACAGAGUGGCCAAAGAGAUGAAUCUGUCCACACGGGUGGUGUCCUACCAGAUUCGGUACGAGGGAAAUGUGACCAGUGAUACAAAGAUCAAGUUCAUGACAGAUGGUGUUCUACUAAAGGAGAUUCAGAAGGAUUUCCUGCUCCAAAGAUACAGUGUAAUAAUCAUAGACGAGGCUCAUGAAAGGAGUGUUUACACAGACAUCCUCAUCGGCCUGUUGUCCCGUAUCGUCCCACUCAGAAACAAGAAAGGUGUGCCCAUGAAGUUGCUGGUCAUGUCUGCUACUCUUCGCGUGGAGGACUUCACGGACAACGCCAAGCUCUUCCGGACCCCGCCGCCUGUUAUUAAGGUGGAUGCUCGGCAGUACCCGGUCACAAUUCAUUUCAACAAACGCACUCCGAUGGACGAUUAUGUCGGAGAAACUUUCCACAAAACCUGCAAGAUCCACCGGAUGCUGCCUCCAGGUGGAAUCCUUGUGUUUCUGACCGGUCAGGCGGAGGUUCACAAUCUGUGCAGAAAACUGAGAAAUGCUUUUCCCUUAAGGAAGGGUAACAUAACGACUGGAGAGAAUGAGGAAGCAGAGAAUCCAGAGGCAAUGAGGAGGUUUAAGAAAGCCGAACGGAAGAAGGCAGUGUCUCUGCCCCAAAUUGACCUGGACAACUACUCUGCCCUCCCGCUGGACGAAGGGGACGAGGACAGAGAGGCGGGGAUCGGGGACGAGGAUGACGAUGGUUCAGACCUGGACAUUGGACAAGAUCCCGCCAGUGGAGAGGAGAAGGCCGACCCAUCUAUUCCUCUCUACGUUCUCCCUCUUUACUCUCUAUUGGCUCCAGAGCAGCAGGCCAAGGUGUUCAGGCCUCCUCCACCUGGGACUCGUUUGUGUGUGGUAGCUACAAACGUAGCCGAGACCUCCCUCACCAUUCCCGGCAUCAAGUACGUGGUCGACUGUGGACGAGUCAAGAAGCGCUUCUACGACCGAGUGACUGGAGUGUCGUGUUUCAAGGUCACGUGGACGUCACAGGCCUCAGCCAAUCAGAGGGCGGGUAGAGCAGGACGAACGGAGCCGGGACACUGCUACAGGUUGUACUCAUCUGCAGUGUUUGGAGACUUCACUUUGUUCUCAGAGGCAGAGAUCACUCGCAGGCCUGUGGAGGACCUGGUUUUACAGAUGAAAGACCUCAACAUAGACAAGGUGGUCAACUUUCCUUUCCCCACGUCUCCGUCUCCCGAAGCUCUCGUUGCCGCAGAGCAGUUGUUAGUCUCGUUGGGAGCUCUGAAAGAGCCCCCUCGCGCGGGAAGUGUGAAAGAGAUGGAGCGAGCAAGGCUGUGCUGUCCCAUCAGCCCCCUGGGCAGAGCAAUGGCUUCAUUCCCUGUGGCACCGCGUUAUGCUAAAAUGUUGGCUCUUGGUAAGCAGCAGGAUUGUCUGCCUUACGUCAUCGCUGUGGUAGCAGCCAUGACAGUCCGAGAGAUCUUCGAGGACCUGGACAGACCUGCAGGUAGUGAAGAUGAGAGCUCCAAGCUCACCCAGCAUCGAGCUCGGCUGAACCAAGUGAGAAGGCUGUGGGCUCGGCAAGGAGCACCUCUGCUGCUGGGAGACCUCAUGGUCAUGCUGGGUGCUGUUGGUGCUUGUGAAUUUGCUGGUUGUACUCCCAAGUUUUGCGAAGACAACGGCCUGAGGUAUAAAGCUAUGGUGGAGAUCAGGAGGCUGAGAGGACAACUUACCAACGCAGUGAAUGCAGUUUGUCCAGAGGUGGGACUAUUUGUGAAUCCCAAGAUGGCUCCGCCGACCGAGCAUCAGGUGAUCUGCCUGCGGCAGAUUGUGCUUGCCGGACUGGGAGACCAUCUAGCAAGGCGCGUACAGACAGAAGAUACACUGGACCCCAAAUGGAAGAAUGGAUACAAGACUACUCUGCUGGACGACGUGGUGUUCAUUCAUCCCAGCUCGGCCCUGUUCAGAACCAUGCCAGAGUUCAUAGUCUACCAGGAAAUCAUGGAGACCACCAAGAUGUACAUGAGAGGCGUGUCAGCAGUGGAAGCUGAGUGGAUCCCCAAGCUCUUGCCCCAGUAUUGUCAUUCGGGUUCCCCUCUGGAUUCGCCUUCGCCGUGGUUCUGUACAUCCACCGGCACCAUCAGAUGUCUCCGCCCAAGCACCUUCUUUCGUGUUGCGUGGCCGCUGCCGGCGGUGGAGAUGGAAUAUCCAGACGACAUCACCCGUUACAAACUGUUUGCAAGAUUUUUGCUUGAGGGACAGGUUUGUCCCAAGCUAAUGAAACACUGCAGCCAUCUUCUGUCAAACCCCUCCAUCAUGUUGAAAACGUGGGCAAAGCUGCAGCCGAGGACGGAGGCUUUGCUCGAAGUCCUGGUGUCAAAGAGGGUUGCCAGCCGAGAUGCUCUCCUCUCUGUCUGGAAAACGGAAGAUAAAUUUCUGUUGUCUGCAUACUGUCAAUGGUUACCUGAAGCCUUGCAUCAAGAAGUAGCCAAAAGUUGGCCCCCGAUAUGAAGACGCACAUCUAAAAAGAAGGCACAAAAUUCCAUCAACAAAAAUUUGUUAAAACCUUCCUGAUCAUCAGAGGACAUCUUCAGAUGUUUUAAAUGUUCUCUCAAUGUUGCAGCGACAAUUCCACAACACUGCCUUCUCUCUGUUUUGUAUUUGAUACUCUGUAUAAUGACUUUUAGGUUGUUAUCAGUGUGCUGCUGUCAGUUUAAGAUUUGGUCUUUGUAAGAUUCAUUAAAAACUGUU